AUGAUUCGCGAAUUACUCUUCCCUUGGGCCCUCAUGACAGUGUCCGCCCUCAGUCUCCCAGUCACCAUUAUAAAAUUCCUCGUCGCUGGCGACCUCCACGCAUUUACCUCGUGGUCUACCUUUCGCGACGCCUGGUUUGCCGUCUUCUGGAUCAACGUCGGCCCCCUUGCUAAGCAGACCGCCGCGCCAAAUGUGAUCCCUCUCCUCCAGGGCCGCCUCAAAGAUGGCAAAGUCCAAGAGAAGGUUGUAUCUCAGCCCCUCCACGGCACCGUGCUGGAGAUUGGCCGGGGUGUCGGCAUGUGGACUCAGUUCUAUCAGAAGACCAUCGAUGAGGCUGAGAAAGAGGGCACCGCUGGCCCUGAUAAGAUCUACGCAACUGAGCCUAAUCGCUUCUUGGCAUCUACACUGAGAAAACAUGUGAAGACGGCGAAUCUUGAAGAAGUAUAUCACGUGUUGCCUAUUGGAGUGGAGGGUCUUGGCAACGCGACUGCGUCAGGGGCAAAGAUUGAACCUGAGAGCCUGGACUGCAUUGUCACAGUUCAGGGCCUCUGUUGUAUCCCAGAGCCGGAAAAGAACUUGCCCUUGCUGUAUCGGUAUUUGAGGAAGGGAGGACAUUGGUAUGUUUUUGAACAUGUUUGUAACCAUGAGAGUCCUAUCCUCUCUGGCAUCCAGAGCUUUACGGAGAUAAUUUGGAAGCCAAUGGUUUGCUGCCAUCUUUGCCGCGACACUGCAAAGGCACUGCGUGGCCUUGGCAAAUGGGAGGAAAUUGACCUCGCACCGCCUCAAGGCGAGUCGCCUUAUGAAAUGAUUCCUCAUAUUGUAGGAACGUUGGUCAAAUAA